ACCGAGCGGCGAAAGGGAAACCGUCGCGGUCGGCAGCGGCUGGGAAUGGAGGGGGCAAAAUCUUUGGAAUACCUCUUCAUGAAUUACCUCAUCAGGCUGUGCCUGAAUAUGGAAGUAUACCUUGCUUUUUAGUUGAGGCUUGUAAAUACUUGGAAGAACACAUUCAUACUGAAGGGCUGUUCAGAAAGUCUGGAUCAUUUGUUCGCUUAAAGACAUUAAAGAGUAAAUUGGACCUAGGUGAAAACUGCCUGUCUACUGCACAGCCAUGUGAUGUUGCAGGCCUCCUGAAGCAGUUCUUCAGAGAACUGCCAGAGCCCAUCCUCCCAAGUGACCUGCACGAAGCUCUCAUCAAGGCUCAACAGCUGUGUAGUGAGGAGAAGAAUUCUGCAACACUGCUACUCUCAUGUCUUAUGAAUGACAGGGCAACUGAUACACUCAGAUAUUUUUUCAAGUUUCUCAAGAAAGUGUCUCUAAGAUCUGCAGAGAACAAAAUGGACAGUAAUAACUUGGCAGUAAUUUUUGCUCCAAAUCUCUUGCAAUCGAGUGAACCAGACAAAAUGUCAGCUCAUACAGAGAGGAAACUUCGUUUACAGGCUGCAGUUCUGCAGACACUUAUUGAUCAUGCAGAAGAAAUAGGACAUGUACCAAAGUUGAUCCUGGAAAAGAUACCUGCUAUGCUUGGUAUUGAUGAUCCUGUCACUACUCCUAAACUACAAGACUAUGAAGAAAGUGAGAUUGCAACUCCUGGUGAACAUACAAGAAAUAGAGGUCGGAGCAUAGGAGAUAUGGUUAGUGGAGCUCUGAAUAAACUUAAAUCUAGCAGAACACCCUCCACUACCCCUCAGAGAGAAAGACAUGUUUUUCCAUCAGUGACUCCAGUGAUUGUUACACCAAAUUUUAAGCGUAAAUAUCCUGCUGAUUCAUGUCAAGGAUUCUCUAGCAAGAAAAGACGAUCUAUCAGGCACAGUCUGGGUCUUGAAUUGCUACCAAGUAGCAUUUUUAGCAUCAGCUCAACACCUGGAUCAGCUCAGUUUGAAAUGAGCCCUUCUAUGUUGCUUGAGGCUUCUCAGAGUUCGCUAUCUACCUUAGUCACAAGUGAAAAACACCUGCAUAGUAUUGGAAGUCGAAGAAGCAAAAGGAUUGCCAACAAAAAAGUACGAAGGGUUGAAUCUGGGAAAACGGGUUGCUUUUCUCCUAAAAUUAGCCGAAAAGAGAUGGUACGCAGGUCACUGCGAUUAAAGUUCAUUCUGGGAAGGAGCAGCAAAGAGAAUACAGCAAUGGAGAAUCUAUCUAGCAACAGAUCUGAAAACAUUGGUCGUCGACUUGCAAGUCAACAAGACAUGGAAAGUGGAGUGGAUUCUGUAAAGACAAUUGGAUUAUUAAGCCCAUGUGUUGGUUCCAAAAAUAUUAGCAAGUCAGAGGAUAACUUGCACAUUUCAAACUGUAACGAAGCAAGCUACAGGAUGUCCUGGACUAGCCCCAAUACCACAGAAUCUCAGAAGACUAGUAGCAUUGGUACAACAUUAACAGCCCAUGUUGCAGCAGAGAUGUUUUCUUCAGAACCUGCUCUUACAGCUAGAGAACCACCAGUCAUUCCUGUUAAGUCUAGCCCCAGAGACGGACGGACUGAACAGGAUAACAAUAAACUACAAACCUCUUUUUGUGAGGAUGAAAAUGACUUGACUGCAAACACUUUACUGCAAAUUAAGAAAGCAUUUUCUGAAUCUGGAAGCAACCUUCAUAACUUAUUUGAAACUGAAACGUCAAAAUCCAAUUUAACACAAGGAACAACAUGCUCUUCAGAAGUCAAUCUAGAGAGAGCACUCUUGAAAGCUAAAGCUCAGAAAGUGAAAAAUACAGAGCUGGGGACUCUGUUCAUGAACUCUACUAAUAAAUCAAGUGCCAUUGACAAACAUCUGUCCAGUACAGAUCAAAGCCAUGCUGUUGAUGGGUCCCUCUUCCAAAAUACUUCUGAGACUGAUAAUCCAAUUCAUGGUUUAAGCAAAAGAGAUGGAUCUGUACAAGAGGACCAACUGAUUGCAAUGACAUCUCCAGAUGUCCAGUUGGAUAGCGCAGUUACUCUACAAAAGGAGAUACUGGAAUCAACUGGGCAAUUCACUGCAGAAAGAAUGACUGAAGAUAAAGAAUUUAAAAAUGGUAAUGCAGAGAGCGAGAUUAAAGAAUGCUUUGAGACAGGAGAACUUCUUCCUCAAUUGCCAAAAGAUGGAGAUGGAAAUGGCAAACAGUACCUACACAUGGAAACUCAUGAGAAAUCGAAAACUUCACCUUCAGGAAAGGUUGCUGACCAUAUACAUUGGUUCAACAAACUUUCAUUAAAUGAACCAUGCUCUGCAAGCAAACCCAAACCACCACUUACGUUCCAACGUACCCCUGUCCGUCAGUCUAUAAGGAGGAUGAACUCUCUCUUGGAAGCUAAUAAGCAGUCAGUUGCUUGUAAACUAAUGAAAGCUGGUGAAAUCUGCCCUUCUCUUCCUAAAUCGGUGAGCUAUGAAACUGCAUUGUCCUCCUUCUGUGCAGAAAGUAUAUCCAAUACAUCUACAUCUUCACUGUCUUCUGAGCCAACAUGCAAGCCAAUGUCUACAUGUGAUCAGUUUGCUGUAUCCUCCAGAUCUUCACAAUUCAUACAUCCAUUAGAGCAAGCUGUCAGGCCUGGUACAACCUGCAAAGAGACCGAGAGUACUAAUUAUCAUUCCAAGUCUGUCCUUGAGGACCUAACUAACCAUGAAACACCAAAAACUGUUGUAAAAAUGAACACAAGUGGGAAAGUUUCAGUUGGUACACCUGAUAAAUGUGUUCUCAGGAAAACAGCAGGAAAAAAGGCUCGCUAUAGAGGGUCUCCAAAAAACCCAAUAGCCACAGCAAAACUUCAUCCAACUGUUAAACCUCUUGACUUAUAGAUUUAAAAGUCUAAUCCUAGCCAUGUCUUGCAUAUAGGUUUGCUUAUUUAGUAUUGCAUCCAAAGGCUGUUAGUUGUUUGUCUUAAACUAUUCCAUACAUUUCUUUAGAAAAAAUAAGGAUUUUUUUCAGUACUUUUUAAAAAGAUGGGUCUCUUCAAUUCAUUGGAAAUGUACAUUGUGACUGAAACUUGAACAAGUACAUUCUGUUGGAUAGCAUUUAUCUUGUGGCUCCUUAAUCGUAUUUGUUUAUAUAUUUUGCCUGGAUGUGGGGGGGGGGGGACUUGCAAGUGCUGCUAGCUAUUGUUAACUCAGAUUUCAAAAAUUACAAGGAAUCGGUUUCUAGUUGCUUUUGUAGAGAACGGAAAGUUUUAAAAGUUGCAUUUGUAAGCCAGUGCAGUUCUCAUUUAAAAGGUAUAAUACUAGGUACUUGCAAGUCUUGAAUUUUGCAAUAUAGCCACAGUUCUAGCAACACUCAAGUAAUUGUAGAAUUUGUGUCUGUUACCAGUGCUCCACUUCCUGUAUGGCAACAGCAACUGUUUUUAAAAAUUAGCAGCACCUGUACUACUGAAAUAGGAAGUGUAUUUUUGUUGAUUCAAACGGCCAUCAAAUAAAAUGUUAAGUGCAUUUGCCGAUUUUUCUAAGUAAGCAAUUCUAUAUUGUAGGUGGUGCACAUGGAAGCUUCUAGCACAAUACAUGGUAGAACAUUCCAGGGCUGCUGGACGUCUUCUUUUCGAUGUUGUA